GUGACACUGUGUGACAUGACAGCAGGUGUAUUUUUGUUGUUUAUUUGAUUUAUUUUAAAAGUUACAGCUUCCAAGGUCUCUUUCGCUUUGUGGCUGAUAAGAUAACAGAUAUAAAAAUAACUGGGAGUUAAAUAAUCAACUCUUGAAACUGGGAAAAGCACGUCUAUUAACAAUGAAUCAAUUGCAGGACACUUUCCUAUAUUUUGCAUAUGGAAGUAAUUUGUUAAAGAAACGGAUUCAUAUAAACAAUCCGUCUGCUGAGUUUCUGGGUACUGGAAAACUAGAAAAUCAUCAAUUAGACUUCAUCAGGUAUACAGACAACUGGGGGGGAUGCUCAGCAACUAUAGUGCCCACUGAAGGUGCCCACGUGUGGGGCGCUGUCUGGAGGGUGAACAACAAGGAUAUGCCUGCUUUAGACAAGCAAGAAGGUGUCGAAUCCAACUGGUACUUCCCCAAAAUAGUGGAGAUAGUUUUGCCAGAAGGAACAAUAGUUGAAUGCCGUACAUACCAGCAGUCAAACAACCCCCCAGUUCGCGGAGUAGGUGAAGAUAUUCCUGAUGAAAGAAAGCCUUCUAAAACCUAUAUGGAGGUGAUAAUCCAUGGAGCAAUGGAAUGUGACAUUCCUGAGUACUAUAUAGAGAAGUUGAAGAAAAUCCCCCACAAUGGGAAGGAAGCCUCACCGGAGAUGCUUGAUAAACUGAGACAAUAAUUUUGUAUUUUCUGAUUAUGACAUGUGAUAUGAAUAUGAGCUUGUAAAUACUGUUAUGUUUAUGUAAUAAAAGCAUUUAUUUUGUUAAA